ACAGAUCGCCUCCCGGAGUGGCGCCUCCAGUCGCGGCGGAGCGCGGCGUUGGCGGUGGAUGGAGCGCGCGAGCGGGCGGCGGCUGCACCGGCUGCACCCGGCGGGGCGCUGAUGCCUGCUGCGGCGCCUGGACCUUCGCUGCGCGACUUCGGGGGUGUCGGCCGAGUUGGCACUCCGCGAUGCAGCUCCUGAAGGCGCUCUGGGCACUCGCAGGGGCCGCGCUCUGCUGCUUCCUCGUCCUGGUGAUCCAUGCACAGUUCCUCAAAGAAGGUCAGCUGGCCGCCGGCACCUGUGAGAUUGUGACCCUGGACAGGGACAGCAGCCAGCCACGGAGAACGAUCGCCCGGCAGACAGCUCGCUGUGCAUGCAGAAAGGGGCAGAUUGCUGGCACCACGAGAGCCCGGCCUGCUUGUGUGGAUGCACGAAUUAUCAAGACCAAGCAGUGGUGUGACAUGCUCCCCUGCCUCGAGGGGGAAGGCUGCGACUUGUUAAUCAACCGGUCAGGCUGGACGUGCACACAGCCCGGAGGGCGGAUAAAGACCACCACGGUCUCCUGACAAUCGCAGCCCCUGCGGUGCCCCUGGGAGUGGCCUUGGCUCCCUGGAGAGUCUAUAGCACAGCCACAGUCCUCCAUCCUGUGUGGACACCGCCUGUUCUCUGCUACCAUCCACCCACUGUUUCCCAGAAGGACAGCCCCGUUCCUUGGAGGACUGAGCAUAGGUCUGUCUGGCUGAACUCAGGAGGCUGGGACUCAGACACACAGGUCAGGGGUGGCACCGGGCAUCAGCAAUACCUGGUGUGUGGAACCUGGCCACACCCGCUCUCCAUUGGCCACACACUCCCAGGAACGGGAGGAAGAGGACUAGGACGAAGAGGCUGCAGACCAGCCAGCUGAGCCGCCACACAAGGUCCCGGGACUGUGGGGUCGAAGCUGCAGCUUCUCUUACCCCAGACUGUCUGAAUGGCUUUUAUUUUCUUAUACUUUCAGUCUACUUAAUAGACCAAAGAGCAAAUCUAUUUUAACGUGGACUCACCGCUGCUGCCAACGCCCCCGGGUUCCACUGUGGGGCUGGGGAGGGUACAGUGGCAGACAUGCUGGUGGUCCGGGCAGCACAGAAAGGGCAUUCGCGGCCAAGGCCCCUGCCUCACAAACACUGCAGCGGCGUGCCCUAGGAGGAUGCCGUUGGCCAAGAGGACACCGUGGCACACCUGCGGGACCCAGCCUGGGUGUGGCUGGCGACGGCCCCCAGUGGACAGCACGGGCCCUGGACACAGACCCUUUGUCCCUGUGCUUAGACCAACUUUAUCGUACUAAAAUCACUUUCUGUUUUAACCAGUUAGACAUGCCUCUUCCACAGUUCCAUUUUUGAUAGUUGGAUAAUCCAGUGUUUGCCAAGAGCAUGUUGGGUCUCCCGUGACUGCUGUCUCAUCCAAUAUACCAUUUAGCUCCAGAAAGCAAAUUAAAGGAAACUCAAGUAACCCUGUUUGAAAGAGAUCAUUAAAUGUAUUUUGCAAAGCC